GGCUCUCGGUUUCCAUGUGGAGCCGGGCUUUUUUGUCGGGAGCCGCAGCGGCGGGGCGUCUGAAGGUGUAAGGAAUCCCUCGUUAAAACUUCGCUCGAGGAGUUUGUGGGCUAAAGUAUAUGGAAUUUAGAAUUAAACACACGUGGGAUGGUUUGCCUGUGAGCCAUGACCUGGUUAUGAUUCGGCUGAGGCCAGACAAUGCAGGACUGCUAAUGGAAGUUCAUGGUCCCUUCUGUAAUGACCCUCAAGCACCACUUGGAGAGCCAGGGAAACCUUUUGAUAGGCUGUGAGACUAUGAGGUUCAAGAAGCCAUUUUUCCAAGUGACAGAACUGAGCACUCUUUAGAAGUUGACCUUUGUCCCCACAGGCAGCACUUACUACUGCUGCUUUCUGGCAGAAGAAAAAUAUGGAAAAAAGAACUUCCUUUAGAGUUUGAGGUGACCAGAAUGAAAACCAAAUGGGAGGGUAAAGCUCAUCUUCCUUGUAAGUACUUUCCACCAUAAUUACACUAACAAGUUCAAUGAUUUGCAAUUCAUGGCUCGGAAGAAGAGAGGAAAUACAAAGCACUUUAUCCUGUGCCUCGACACGAACUACAGGAAGGACAGAAAGCAGAUUUUCAUUGUCUGGAAUUUUUCAAGGAUUUAGACAUGAAGGAACUAAUAGGAGAAGACUGGAAGCAGUUGUGAUGGACUGAGAUGUUAUUAAUGUCUUAAACUUUGUCAAAAUCAUAGAAAGCCUUUUUGUCAAGCUGCAAGGAAGCAACUGCCUGUCUGCAACCACUGAAAUCACCCCAUCUUCCUCAAUAUGCUUCUUGACUGGAAUUUGGACUGUGAAGGGAAGCUUGAAAUAAGACUAUUGUCUAAUCAUCUCAGGUCUGAGGAGAAGUAAACAAGGCUCAGGGAAUCUGUCCUAGCUGAGCUCAGUGGGUGGCAGAGGAGAAGGGUUUUGGGUGUGUGAUGGCAAAAUCUCUCCACACGAAACAGAGUAAACCGGCCCCCCCCAGGACGACCAUGUACACAUGGGGCAUUCACAUGAGAGGCAGCUGAGAAGGGGUCAUAAACAAUCAAAGACCUCCAAGGCAUCCCUCUCACCACCAAGAAAACCAGAAGAAUGGGGCCUAUGGGAUGUUGCCGGAUUACAUGGAGUGGUGAUACCUUUUCUAUUUUUCUCUCUCUCUCUCUCUUCUUCCCCUCCCC